AAAAUGGUUCAGCUGGAAAAGACACACGUAAAUAACAUCUCUGAAUUUAUGCUGGUUGGGUUUCCCACAAGCCAGAAACUGCAGUUUAUUCUUUUUGCUGUGUUCCUCAUCAUAUAUUUGUUAACAAUUCUGGAAAAUGUGAUUAUUAUUGUGACAAUAAAGCUUGAUUAUAAACUUCAUAAACCAAUGUACUAUCUGCUAAGUAGCCUGUCUUUUUUGGAGGUAUGGUACGUUUCUGUCACUAUACCUAACCUGCUUGCCAACUUUCUAAACAAGAAAACAAUUUCAUUUGUAGCUUGUAUGACUCAGUUAUACAUCUUCAUAUCUCUGGCCUGCACUGAGUGCAUACUUCUAGCAGUAAUGGCUUUAGAUAGAUAUGUUGCAAUUUGUAUCCCACUACGUUAUACAACCCUAAUGAGCAACAUUUUUUGUCUCCAGAUGGCUGUUGGCUCUUGGUGUACUGGAUUUUCUAUAGCCAUGAUCAAAGCAAUAUUUAUCUUCAGGAUGACUUUCUGUGGAUCCAAUGUGAUCAACCAUUUUUUAUGUGAUAUUUCUCCACUUCUCAAUUUAUCUUGUACUGAUAUAUCUUUCACAGAACUGGUGGAUUUUAUCCUAGCUAUGAUAGUCAUUAUGAUUCCUCUGGUAAUGAUUAUUAUUACCUACUUUUGUAUUCUUUGGACAGUCCUGCGGAUUCCAAAUAACCAAGGAAGACAAAAAGCUCUUUCAACAUGUGCAUCUCAUCUUACUGUUGUGAUAAUAUUUUAUACUACAACAUUAUUCAUAUAUGCAAGGCCAAAAAAGGCAAAUCCAUUUGAUAGAAACAAAACAAUAACUAUUUUUUACUCUGUAGUGACACCGCUUUUAAAUCCAAUCAUUUACUGCUUGAGAAAUAGGGAGGUACAGAACUCUGUAAAGAGGCUAUUUUGUAAAUAA